AUGAAAGUAGUUCAAGGAUGUAUUUUUUAUGUAAUUUCAUAGUUGUUAAAAGUUGCGAUAUCUUUGGUUAAAAGGUGGACUUUAACUAUAAAAAAUAAGAAACUUACAAAACAGGAUUUGGAGGAUUUGCAUCUCUAAUAAUUAUAGUUGUUUUAAUUGUUUUCUUUCAAUCCAAUGUGUUAAGCUUUUUUGCAAAAAUCAACAUUAAUGUCAGUUAAACAACAGAAUUUCAAGAUUUUCCUGAUUAAAUUACCUUAAAUGAGGAGAAUUACAUGAUUGCAUUGUAAAUUGAAUAACAAAAUUUUACAAUUAAUCCAUAUUUCAACAUCACUGUAGUUUAAUAGUAUAAAUUUAGCUAAUUAUAGAAGUUCUACUAGAUUAGAAAAUGGAACAAUGUUGAAGACGACGACUGAAAUUAAUUUGAUUCCAUGUUCGUUAGAUAGAUUCUAAAAAGUCUUUUCAAAGUUUAAUAUUGAUUUUAAAUCUCAAUAUUAUUCAAUAGGACUCUAAGAUUAUUUAUGUCCAGACUUGAAUUACUCUAUGAAAUUAAGAGGAAGAUUUGCCAAUAGAGAAUUUAAUUACAUAAAAGUCACAGUUUCAAAGUGUAACAAUGAUACAAGCCAAAAUUCUAUUUAUACAUGGAAACCUGUUUGUAAAUCAGAAGAAUCCAUAUAAAGUUACCUCUAAACUACUUCAGCCUUUAAGGUUUCCCUUUACAUGACAAAUUUAAUAGUGAAUCCAUCAAGUCCUUAAAAUUUUGUUUCAGCAUAUCUUGAUGACGAACUCUAUUUUACAUUCGUAAUUUUUGUUUAAAUCAUAGACACCCAAACUGCUUUAAAGGUAAGGAAACAUAUUUUGGAGAAAAUACAAUUUUGAAACAGAUGAGAGUCUGACGCCCUUUAAAAAUGUAAUUAAUGAGACAUUUUAUGCUCGAACUGCAAUAGACUUUAGGGAUUUAACAUUAUUAGGAGCAGAUACCGAUGUUAUAUAUGCUUAGUUUUAUUUAAGAAGGAGUACUUUCAAUGAAAAUAUUUAGAGAAAUUAUUAAAAAGUAGAUGAUUUAAUGUCUUAUUUGGGAGGAUUCUUAUAAAUAAUGAUAGUAUUCUUUGGAUUCUUUAUUUAGGUUUAUAACAAAUAAUCCUGUAAAUCAUUUUAUUUUAUAUUUUAGAAUUAGUUGAUUUAUCCAAUGAAUUGUUUGAUUUUGAUAUAGAUGAUGAAAAUAAAAAGCCAUUAUUAUCGAAUCCUGAUGAUACUUAAUAGUAGAUAUUACAUUAAAAUCAAUCUUAAUCGAUGGUUAGUCUUGGAUUUGAAUUAAGCAAUUAAGGAGGCAAAGAUUAAAUAAUUAAUAGUGCACAAUAGUAAAUUAGAAAUUCAACAUAAGAAUUAUUUUUAUCGAAUUUAAACUUAAAAAACUAUCAGUAAUAAUCAUAGAAAAAAUUCUAUUAUAAAGACCAACUAGAAUAAAAACAUAAGGAUGAAUUAGAGAAAAAUAGAUAAAAAACAGGUAAGUAAUAUUUUUAUGAAUAAAUUUAAAAACUCUUCGAGAAAUAAGUAAAAAUAGAAUUUACUUUGAAGUACUUAAUAAAAAGGAUCUUUUGUCAAAAAGCUCUAAAAUCUCAAGAAGAAAGAUUACUAAAUAAAGCAAUGUAUUUAUAAUAUUAACCUAAUAGAAAUUAAGUUAAUUCUGAACUAGAUUUAUUAGUUAUUUUGAAUAAAAUUCAAGAGUUGGAUAAAUUAAAAGAUUUAUUGUUAAAAAAGCCAUAAUAAAUCAUUUUUAAUUUUACGCCUAAACCUUUAAUAGCAUUAAAGGAAUAGAAAAUAUUUCCUAAUAGAUAGUUAAUCCAUUAAUCAAGUAUGUAAAAAUAGCCUAAGUAAUUUAUUAUUUUAAUGCAGUUUUGUUAAUGAUAUGGAUUCAUCAAUAUAGAUAGGAUAGGAUAAUGGAAAUAUGGAUUAGUUAAAUACUCAAUAAAAUUUAUCCUUUAAUAAUCCUCCAUAACGAAUGUAUUCUAAGCUUUUUAAAGUAAUUAAAUUAUUAAACUACUAGGCGUAUGAGAAGAUCUCAGUUGAUAUAGAUAAGUAAACAGAAGAUGGCAGAAUUAAUGUUCAAUUGAUGAAAAGUUUAAGCCCAUAGAUUUAAAAUAUUUUUGAAGUUACACAAUUAUUAGAGUAUCAGGAGAAGUUGUACAAAUAGAACGAGCUAAUUUAAAUAUCUAAUUUAUUUAAAAAAUGA